AGGAGCACUAGCACGCAAGAGCCCGGAAGUGGUGGACCAACGGCCCGCCAGAUCCAGGGACGUUCCAGCCCGGCCAAUUGUCUCCACUGUGCGGCAUUUGUCCGUGAAGCAUCCCUUCGGCAUGAGGAUUGUCGGAUAGGAGCUAAACUGAAGGGAAGUGAACAGAAUUCUCGAACGUGCUACUAACUCACAGGGAAACAACCCUCUCUCCAAGAUGUACAGAACCAAAGUGGGCUUGAAGGACCGGCAGCAGCUCUACAAGCUCAUCAUUAGCCAGCUGCUCUACGAUGGCUAUAUCAGCAUUGCUAAUGGCCUCAUCAAUGAAAUCAAACCCCAGUCUGUCUGUGCACCGUCAGAGCAGCUCCUGCAUCUCAUCAAACUAGGCAUGGAAAAUGAUGACACCGCAGUUCAGUACGCAAUCGGUCGCUCAGAUACAGUUGCCCCUGGCACGGGGAUUGACCUGGAAUUUGAUGCAGAUGUCCAGACCAUGUCCCCAGAGGCUUCUGAGUAUGAAACCUGCUAUGUCACCUCCCAUAAAGGACCGUGCCGCGUAGCCACGUACAGCAGAGAUGGACAAUUGAUAGCCACUGGUUCUGCGGAUGCUUCUAUAAAGAUACUCGACACAGAAAGAAUGUUGGCCAAGAGUGCCAUGCCAAUAGAGGUCAUGAUGAAUGAGACUGCACAACAGAACAUGGAAAACCACCCGGUGAUCCGAACUCUCUAUGACCAUGUGGAUGAAGUCACGUGCCUUGCUUUCCACCCAACAGAGCAGAUCCUGGCCUCUGGCUCAAGGGAUUAUACGCUUAAAUUGUUUGAUUACUCCAAGCCCUCAGCAAAAAGAGCCUUCAAGUACAUUCAGGAAGCAGAAAUGCUGCGGUCCAUCUCUUUCCACCCCUCGGGAGACUUCAUCCUCGUCGGCACUCAGCACCCCACCCUGCGCCUCUAUGACAUCAACACCUUUCAGUGCUUUGUCUCUUGCAACCCUCAAGAUCAGCACACCGAUGCCAUCUGCUCAGUAAACUACAACCCCAGCGCCAACAUGUACGUGACUGGCAGCAAGGACGGCUGCAUCAAGCUGUGGGAUGGCGUCUCCAACCGCUGCAUCACCACCUUCGAGAAGGCGCACGACGGGGCCGAGGUCUGCUCUGCGAUCUUUUCCAAAAACUCUAAGUACAUCCUGUCAAGUGGAAAAGACUCGGUAGCUAAGCUGUGGGAGAUAUCGACAGGACGGACGCUGGUCAGAUACACAGGCGCGGGGCUGAGCGGACGGCAGGUGCACCGCACGCAGGCGGUCUUCAACCACACGGAGGACUACGUGCUGCUGCCGGACGAGCGCACCAUCAGCCUCUGCUGCUGGGACUCGAGGACCGCGGAGCGCAGGAACCUCCUCUCGCUGGGCCACAACAACAUCGUGCGCUGCAUCGUGCACUCGCCCACCAACCCCGGCUUCAUGACGUGCAGCGACGACUUCCGGGCGCGCUUCUGGUACCGCCGGUCCACCACCGACUGAGCCUGACACUGAGCCUGGCCGGCGGCCACCGGCGCUGCCCCGAGGACCCUGCCCCCUCUGCAGUGAGGUCUGCCACCGCCGCCUGCGUCCUGGAUUGCACAGCAGUCUUUUUUUACCUUGAUGUAGUAUCAUGGUGGAAAACAGAUCUGUGCGGUUCUACAUUCACUGAUUAUUACAGUGCGAUUUUUAUCGGUUUUUUAACACCUAGGACUUGCCGUUUCUCUCGACUCUUCGUGGCUUGGGAAAAGGUAAAAUAUUAAAGUGCUUUCUAGAUCUCAAGCGAAGGUCAUGAGUAUGUCUUGUUUGGUUCUGUGUCAGCUUGCGUGCCUGUUUGGCUGCGGCCUCUGUUAUCUUUCCAGACAUGCCUGGGGCAUGCGUGGGCCUGCGAGAGUGAAAAGGGGGAGCUGUGAGCCGCGCUGAGCCAUGUCUGAGAGCUGCUCAGCGCCACCCUGAAAUGCAUCACUGCCCUAACGCCCAGGUCGCCCUUACUGCUGUGCGGCUCUCACUGCAGUGAGGUGAGUGCAGGGCGUGCCGGAGAGGCGCUGGAUCUGCCAUCCCGCCUCCCACGGCCGCUCGGCACCCACCAGUGCUGUCGUUAGCAAGAGUAUCUCUCUAAGAUGAUUACAGGUGUGUGGGAAGCACAGCCAAGAGUGUGUUCACACUAAACACAGGCAGGGGCAGGCCGUGGCGAUCCUCCGAGAAGGUCAGCGCAUUCACCUCUGUCCUGCUUCCCUUUGCACCUUCCGGCUCCGCAGCAUGGCUCUCGUCACAGAUGCGCGGAAGGCCCUUCCCCGCAGCCACUCAGCUAACCUCUCACAUGGAAGGUUUUUCCUUGAAAGUCUUUAGAAGGUGAUAAUAUUUUUCCGGAUUUAGUUUUGUCUAGGUGAGAGAACCCUGCAUUCCUGGCUUAGAUUUACGCUAGCAAACAAGUACCUCAUGCCCAAGUCCCAUGGUCUGGGAUCAUUUGAUGAAAAUGCUGUACGUUAAAGUCAUAGCUUAUAUGAGGUCUGCCGUGCUUACCUUCUUGGCAUCCGUCUAACUCUGGCCUGAAAAGCCGUUUCAGCCAUUCUUAACACGUUAAAGGGCUGAGCAGAUUUCCGCAGAACUGUUUGGGUCCACAGUGAGUGUAUAUUUACAGUUUUAUUUUGCAUCCGCAUUCUCCAUGAGUAGUAUUUGAAUUUGGCCCCCUGUGGAUACUACUUCAAUGAAAUUAAAAGAAAGCUGCCCAACAGGAACAAAGAUAGUUUACCAAAAAAUGACCCAGCAGAACUCCCCACUUCUUUCUAUACCUUCCCGUUGUUUUCAAAGUAUGGAACUGCCAGGCAGAGACAGUUCUGCGGCUCCCUGAGCUCCUGACACAGGAGCUGUCAGGUCCUCUUUAGUUGUUCAUAAAGUAAUAAAGCCUACUUUUCACAGUUUUAGACUAGGCCUCGCAAUAGCCCUCCAGUUCCAGGGCUUGACAUUUCUUUACAAGAUCUAUUUAUAAAAUAGUUUUUCUUUUUUUGUUACUGUUUUUUGUUUUCCUUUUAAAAAUCACAUUAACUUUUGAGCUGGUAUAAAUGCCAGGAGUCUGCACUUGGUGUUCUUAUGAAUUGUACCAGGUAACACCCUAGCGUCCAAAUAAUGAAUUCUAUCCUAUCUGAGUGAGAACUCACACCGUAUAUGUUAUUUUUAAAGUAUGUGAUUUCUAAAAUAAACGUUUUGUACAUAAAGUUAA